AUGGCGAGCCCUGAUGCCACCUCGCCUUCGUCGCGCAGCAUGUCGUCGGUCAAGACCAAGAAGAAGUCGGCCUUUAGCUGCGACCCGUGCCGGCGGCGCAAAGUCAAGUGCGGUGGGGAGCAACCCGUCUGCCAGCGCUGCGCCGCCCGCAACGACCAGUGCAUCUACAAGCUAAACCCGACAUUGUCGUACACGCAGCGCCUCGAGGAGCGAAUCAAGGAGCUCGAGGACCAGCUCGCCAGCGUGGCCCAGUCUCCCGGCUUCGCCUCUUCGUCGUCGCAGCCCAGCCCUCCCGUUUCCGACGCCCACGAUGGGCCUUGGAAGCGCCCCUCUGACCAGCAGUCCAUAGCGAGGAGCUUCCGCGGCCUCAAGAUCGACGACAAGGGCGGCAUCACCUACCAUGGCACCACCAGCUUCUUCAACCUCGCGAGCGACCGUGGUCCUGCUGCCAUCGUCGACCAGCUGGCUCCCAACGACACCGACGUCCAGCGACGAGAGCGUCUGGUCAGCAACGCCUGGCAGCAGCGUGCCUUGGAGACCUUGUCCCACACCCCCGAACCCUUUCAAUAUCUGCUCAACGUCCACUGGUGCUGGAUCCAGCCCAUGUUCAACUUUAUCUACCGCCCAGCUUUUACACGUGAUAUACUGUCCCUUGGGCCGUAUUAUUCGCACACGCUCCUCAACGCCGUCAUUUCGCAUUCGAUCCGAUGGGGCCAGAGCGACCCAUUGAUCAAGAAGCAUCUCGAUGACUUGUACGGCGGCGGAGCCGUCUUCGCCGAGUACGCACGAACCAAUGUCUUUGAAGAGCUUAGCCGGGGCGUCUGCACCAUCCCGACGGUGCAGACGCUCCUCCUCCUCAGCGCCCAGGAAUGUAGCCUUGGCAACUCAACCCAGGCCUGGACGUACAGCGGGCUGGCUUUCCGACUGAUCGAUCACCUCGGCAUCUGCGUCGAUGCCCGCCGCUUCCCGGGCUCUGUUCCCCUGACCGAUGAAGAGCUCGAAAUCCGCCACCGCAUCUUCUGGAGCUGCUACUUUUGGGACAAGCUCAUCAGCCUCUACUUAGGCCGCUCUCCGUCGCUGCAGCAAUCAAGAAUCUCGCCCCCGCAGAUAAUGUUCGAUGAUUCGGCCGAGGACGAUAUAUGGGUCCCGUUCGGCGCACAACAGGUCGGGGUGACGUGGAAAUACCCGCCGACAACUGCACACUCGGCCUCGUGUUUCAUGAGCAUGUGUCGCCUGUCGGUCAUCUUCAACGAGAUACUCAUUCACAUGUACGACCCGUUGUCGCAAAACACUGAUGCCGAGGUGCAGGAGUGCCUCAGGUCGCAAGAGCCGGCCCUCCAGGAAUGGUGGAACCAGCUACCGCCGCACCUCCGCAUCGACCUGACGGCCCUCCCAACGCUGGCACCGCCGUCGCACAUUGUGACGUUAAACUGUCUCUACCACACGUUCAAGAUUCUCCUGUACCGGCCCAUGCUCACGGGUCGGGGCAAGCGCAACGACGAUGACGACGACGACGACGACGACGACGACGACGGCGCCUGGCCCGCCAAGAGUCAUCUGCUCGAGACCUUCACCAUGAACUACUGCGUCUUGUCUCUUGCCUACAGCGUCUACACGGCCGCGUCCGUCUUUCUGCUCCAGGUGCAGGCGAGCCCUGGCGAACAGCAGGCAAUGCGGAAACUCGAAUAUUGUUGCCAAUGCCUGUCGCAGGUCAAGAACAUCAGUCCAGUCAUCAACAGCGCUCUCAACCUCAUCACAAACGCUUUGAAUGGCAUGGGCCUCGACAUCCCAUCACCACGCCAAUCGCAUCCCGUGCCUGCUUCUACACGAUCUCAAGUCCCAGCUUCCGUGCCCAUGUACCAGAACCCAGUCGAUGUGUCCCGGCAGAUGCCCCUUCCCUCGCACCCGCUGUUUCAGCCUGCCAUGAACCACAUUCUGGGCCCAGAAUCCAUGACGAUGCAUCCCGACGUGUUCGAGGCCAUGUCGACCCUGGAGCCUUUGAGCGUGAGAGUCGGGGCGAUUCAAGGAUCUGAGAAUCAAUCGUCGCUGGGCUGA